GCGUGCCUUGUGCUCUAAUUCCAGGAUUCCACUCCUCUGCUGCUUUCUAUUGGACAAACUCCGAAUCUCUCUCUCUUUCUCUCUCCUUCCAAAAGUUUGAGAGAGAAAAGAACCAGACCAACCCACAAAGCGUGCUUAUCAAAAUCAAAAUCAAAAGUUUUAUAAAAAGCAAAGCCACCCGCAAUCCCCUUGCUAUUGCAAACCUCCUUCCCUUCUACUCCCUCUCUGUUCUUGUUAUUCUUGUUGUCUAGUGGUGCUUUCUGGUUCCUAUUCUGUCUCGUCCUCUUGCUUACUUCUUCAGUGUCCAAGUUUUUUUCACACCCUUCAAGCUUCCACGCUGCAUCUUGGUUUCUCUUGUUCUUUCCCGGGGUUCACAUAUCAAAGUGGAGUUGCCAUAGAAGGAUUCUCAUCAGAUGUAUGUGAGGUCAAGAAAUGAGGAGCAGUCUCCUCAGCUGCUAGAUUUGAUCCCAAAGGAAGAAGCAAGAACCCAAAACAGCAGCAGCAACAAGUCUUGUGAGGAGAGAAAGCUUGAGCUCACACUUGGUCCACCUGGUGAAGAUUGGUCCCUCAAUCAUAACACAAACGUGACCAGUAGUGAUGAAUCUCUACUCUCUCUUGGUUUAUUCUCUCAGCAAACCCAGAAAAUCUCUGCCUCUUCUUGGGCUCCUUCCAAGGGGUCAUCAUUUCUUCAGUUUCCAUCAUGUAGCCCUCAGGGUCUGCCAGGAUUAAACCUGCAGAAUUCAGAGAAGAAAGCUUUCUCAUCAUCAUGCUCAUCUGCUAAUCCAGCUGUGCCCUCUAAUACCUCUCAGAAAAGAACUGCUCCUGGGCCAGUAGUGGGUUGGCCUCCAAUUCGUUCGUUUAGGAAGAAACUUGCAAGCAACAGCUGUUCUAAGACAGCUUCUGAGACACAACAGCAGCAAGAUGUUGCAGACAAGGUUGCUGGAAAGAAACCUGUUGUUGACAACGUUGGUAAAGGUCUGUUUGUGAAGAUCAAUAUGGAUGGAGUUCCCAUCGGAAGAAAAGUAGACCUCAAUGCUUAUGACAGCUAUGAAAAUCUCUCCUCUGCUGUUGAUGAACUCUUCAGAUGCCUCCUUGCUGCUCAAAGAGAUUCCACUGCUGGAGGAAUCCAGAACAAGGAAGAGGAAGAAAAAGCUAUAACAGGUUUAUUGGAUGGAAGUGGAGAAUAUACUCUUGUUUAUGAGGAUAAUGAAGGAGACAGGAUGCUCGUUGGGGACGUGCCAUGGCACAUGUUCGUAUCAACAGUGAAGAGGCUGCGUGUGUUGAAGAGUUCUGAGCUUUCUGCUUUUACCCUUGGUAACAAGCAAGCCAAGAAAACCAAUUGACGAAGCUGUUUAAAGUGAAGUUGACAUUUUGGUUCUUUUCACUGGUGAAGAUCAGAGGAAAAAAAAAAAAUGAAGCUAUUAGCUUAUAUAUAUAUAUAUGUGUGCACAUUACUUGUCCUAAGUGAUGUGCAUGGAUGUAUUUCGGUUGUUUUUUUAAUGAAAAUUUUAUGCGGAUGAGCUGAUGCAAAGUAGAAGUAGGGGGAAGUUAAGUACUAGAACGGAUGUGUGUACUUACGUGCUGUUGAGUUAAAACCAUCUGCAUGUAUCUGAUAUUCCUACUUUAUCAUAAUCUGAAAAAUGAAAAUGUGCAUUGCUUGACUUUAGUUAA